AUGGCUACAAUGCUGAGAAGGGAUCCACCCUCCCAGUUACCAUCUUUAGGCAUGAUGGAUGCAACCUCCCAGCUACAAUCUUUAAGCAUGGUGGAUGCAACUGUUUCCGCGGUCUUAGAACAAUUAUCUAGUUCAUCUUUAACAAAAAAGAUAGAAGGAGCAGGCGUCAACCCCGAAGUACAGCAGCUCAAAAACAAUCUUCGAGACAUGAAAGAAGUGGUGAUUGAUGCUGAGCAAAGACAAGUGAAGGAAGAAAAUGUGAGGGUUUGGUUGCAUGAGCUGAAAAACACACUGUAUGAUAUGGAAGAUGCGUUUGAUGAGGUGUUACGUAUACCCAAUGAAAAAGUAGCUUCCUUGAUAAAAGAUUUAAACAGCAGGCUACGCAGUAUUGCCACAGCGAAAAAUAUGUUUGGUUUUACUGUGAAGAGGAGUGUUGAGAAGCCUGAGCCAUUCCAAUGCAUAUCCUUGGUUGAUGAGUCUGAGAUGAUUGGUCAAAUUGAGCUUAAGCAAAAGCUAAUAGGUAUGUUGUGUGAGAGUCGUAGUGACAAACAAAAAGGUCCUCAUAUCAUCUCACUUGUAGGGAUGAGAGGAACUGGAAAGACAUCUCUCGUUAAAGUUGUUUAUGAAAAUGAUAAGAUAGCAAGUACAUUUGAGAAAAAAAUAUGGGUUUCUGCAUCAAAUAUUUUUGAUGAGCUCAAGAUCGCCAAAGCAAUUGUUGCAGCUUUAGAAGGUGCAACGCCUGCAUUUGUAGAUUUAGGGUCUCUUCUACAACAUCUAUGCAAACUCAUUAUUGGAAGAAGAAUUCUUCUUGUCUUAGACGAUGUGCAAAUAGAAGAUUACAACAGGUGGAAACCCCUUCAUUAUUGUCUAGAGAAUUGUCAUUCUGAAAGUAAGAUUUUGAUCACUACACAGAAGGAGUCAAUUUCACGAAUAAUGAAGGCGGCUGACAUUCUCACUGUUAAGGAAUUAUCUGAUGAGGAAUGUCAAUCAUUGUUUAGACGGUUUGCAUUUUUUAAUAAGUUGCCGAAACAAUGUGAAGAGUUAGAACCCUUUGUUAAACAAGUUGUAGAUAAAUGCAAGGGCUUGCCUCUCGCCCUAAAAGUGAUGGGGAGUUUCUUGUGCUCUAAAAGAACCACAUUAGAGUGGCAAAGUAUAUUAAACAGUGAGAUGUGGAAAGUUGAUGAAGAGUUUGAGACUGGCAUUCCUUUCUUCUUGUUGAGUUAUAUCAAUUUACCUUCCAUGGUAAAAAGAUGUCUCUCAUAUUGUGCCAUCUUUCCCCAAAAUUACCUGAUAAACAAAGAUCAGUUAAUUAAAUUAUGGAUGGCACAAGGUUACCUUGGAUCAGAAAACAAUAAAGAGAUGGAACUAAUGGGUCAAGAAUUUUUUGACUACUUAGUAACACGCUCUUUUUUUCAAGAGUUUGAUAUAGACGAUGACGGUGGUAUCAUAAGUUGUAAGAUGCAUGGGAUAGCGUACAAUUUUCUCAAACUUAUCACUAAGCAUGAAUGUUUGGCAAUGGAAGUCAAUGGUGACGAACAACCAAGCCCAAAUCCCGAUUAUCAAGACAAAGUUCGUCAAUCAAUGUUGAUGCUUAGUAAGGAAGCCUCAUUUCCCAACUCUAUACUUGGCUUUACAAAAUUGCGCAGUCUCUUGGUUCAAGGUGAGGUAACAAACUCUUCAUCAGUGCCACAGGAAGUCUUUGAUAAACUGUUGCUAUUAAGAGCAUUAGAUAUUAGUGGAAAACUUUUGUAUGAGGAUUCAAUUGUUAACAUUCCAUCAACGAAGAUAGGAAAAUUGAUCCAUUUGAGAUAUCUUAAUUUUUCCUUGCUAAAGAUAUCAGAAUUACCCGAGGAUUUAUGUGAGUUGUAUGAUUUACAGACCUUGGAGAUCAGUCAAUGCAUCAAUCUCAACAAAUUACCUCAGGGGAUGGAAAAGUUGAUAAAUCUAAGGCAUGUGGUAAAUGAUGAGACUUCAUUGAAUUACAUGCCCAAAGGAAUGGAAAGAUUAACUUGUCUUCGUACAUUAAAAGAAUUUGUUGUUAGUGGUGGUGUCAAUGCUAGCAAUGCAUGUAGCCUUAAAUGCUUGGAGAAUUUUGUCUAUCUCCAAGGGUCUCUAAGUAUAAGAAAGUUGGGAGAUGUGACAGAAAAGGUUGAUCCUGGGAAAGAAAAACCACUUAAGAACAAGAAAAACCUCCUUCAUUUGUAUCUAAAUUUCGAGAAAGAUACAGAAGAAGAGACGGCAAAUAAGGAUGAAAAUGUUCUUGAAGUCUUACAGCCACCUUCAACUUUAGAGAGAUUAGAGAUUAGAGGCUACAAGGGCAAGACAAUCUCACCCAAAUGGGUAAUGUCAUUAAGGAAGCUGAGAAUGUUAAAUCUCCAUGAAUGCAUGAACUUAGACCAUUUGCCUUCGUUGGGAGAAUUGUCAUCCCUCGAGUCACUUUCUAUAACAAGUAUGCACGUGAAAAAAGUGGAUAAUGAAUUUUUGGGAAGAGAGAGCGUCGUCAAUUCGCCACAUUCAUUAUUUAUUGCCUUCCCUAAAUUGAAGGCUCUAAGAUUUGUCAACAUGGAGAAAUGGGAAGAAUGGGAAGCGACAACUAAUGCGAUAUGGGAAGAAUUUUGUGAUUCUACAAUCAUGCCUUGUCUUCGUUCUUUAUCACUUGUACAUUGUCCCAAAUUGAAGGCAUUACCAGAUCACAUUCUUCAGGUUGCAACGUUGAAUGAAUUGAAUAUCAGUUGGUGUCCUUUGUUGAAAGCGCGUUACGAUAAUCGCUACGGACAGGAUUGGGACAAGAUCUCUCUUAUUCCUAAGAUUAUGAUUAAUUUUAAGUAUGUGGAGAGAGGGAAGCAAAUCGGUAUUGCCUAA